UUCUCAGUUUCAAAGAAAGCAACAUGGUAAGCUACGAAGAACAUGUUGGAGAGGAGCUUCCUCUUGUUCAUGCAGACCCAACUGUGCUGCAAAUUGAUCGUUUGCAAAACCAGCUCAAAGACAAAAUUAAGGACCUAACCACAUGCCAGGGUGAAAUCAAGGCCUUGAGGUCAACUGAGGCUCUGAAAGAUAAGGCUAUAGGGGAGCUGAGAACCCAAGUAAAUAAACUGGAUGAAAAGCUCCGGAUUACCGAGGAUAUCAUUGAACACAAGAAUCUUGAAAUCAAGAAACUGGCCAAUGAAAAGAAAGAUGCACAGGCUGCACAAUAUGCUGCAGAAGCAGCUCUUAGAAGGUUACAUGAAGAUCAACAGGAUGAUGAUUCCGUUCCAUUUGAGAGCAUCAUUGCUCCUCUUGAAGCUGAGAUUAAAAUUUAUAAGAAUGAGAUUUCAGCAUUACAAGAGGAUAAGAAAGCUUUGGAGCGACUUACAAGGUCAAAAGAAUCAGCGUUGCUUGAAGCAGAGAGGAUCCUGCGGAGUGCAUUAGAAAGGGCCUUGAUAGUGGAGGAAGUUCAAAAUCAGAACUUUGACUUGAAGAGACAGAUUGAGAUCUGCCAGGAGGAGAAUAAAAUCCUAGAGAAAACCCAUCGCCAAAAGGUUUUGGAAGUGGAGAAGCUUGGUCAAACUAUUCAAGAACUUGAGGAGGUCAUCCUAUCAAGUGGAGCUACUGCAAAUACUAUUCGUGAUUAUCAACGACAGAUUUCUGAAUUGCAAGAGGAGAAGAGGAUACUAGAAAGGGAGCUAGCAAGAGUAAAAGUCUCAGCCAACAGAGUUGCAACUGUCGUGGCUAAUGAGUGGAAGGAUGAAAAAGACAAAGUCAUGCCUGUCAAACAGUGGCUGGAAGAAAGGAGGAUUAUGCAGGCAGAGAUACAACGAUUGAAAGAUAAGCUAGCAAUAUCAGAUAGAACAGCCAAGGCAGAAGCACAACUGAAGGAUAAACUAAAGCUAAGGUUAAAAACUCUGGAAGAAGGCUUAAAGCAUUUCUCAAGUAACCCCUCUAAUUCCAAUGCAACUUCUGGGUAUCCGAAAACAGAAAAGCCUAACAUCUUGGGUUUCCUGACAAACAAUGGUGGAAUAAGAAAGAGGUCUACAUCACAACCAAGAGCAGCUACCAUAGGAAGUUCUUUCUUCCAGAAGCCAAAUGAUAAAAAAACAACGGAUAUUGCUGCUGGAGACCUAGCAGAAAAUGUGUUGAAGAAAGGUAUCUGGGCAUCAAGAAGUAAAGUAGCCGAUAGUGGUGAAAAAGAAAAUAUGGUUCAGGUGAACACACACGAAAAUUUAAAUAGGUUCACUGAUGAAAAAGAAGCAGCUAAAAAUGAAUCAAGCAUCAACAUGGAUGAAGAGUCCAAUGGCAAGAAUAGUAAUGAUUUGGGCAGCAACGAUGUGGUCUCAGGUUUUCUAUAUGAUAGGCUUCAGAAAGAGGUCAUCAAUUUGAGGAAGUAUUGUGAAACUAAAGACAGUAGUCUGCAAGCCAAAAAUGAUGAAAUAAAGAUGCUCACAAAGAAAGUUGAUGCACUGACAAAGGCAAUGGAAGUAGAGUGGAAGAAAAUGAAACGAGAAGCAGCUGCCAGAGAAAAGGAAGCUGCAUUAGCAAAAUCAGAUAAUAAUAGGAAAAACAGAAGCACAAUCUCCUCAAAAAGGGUGAUGAAAGAACGUUGAAGAUUAUUUAUGUGGACAAUAUUGAAGGAAAAGUACAUAUAAAUGAAGUAUUGUGAUUUUUACAUGUAAAUACAAAAGAGUACUCGGGGAUGUGAUUUGUUGAAAUAAAUUUCCACAAGUGACUUUGGGAAUCUGACCUGUACAUGCAGCAGUGUCCAAUGUCUUCCUAUACAUUUGGAUAAAUGACAGACUAAUGUUUUGUGUUUUUAUACAAUGGUCAAAACUGUCAAAAGAUCAGUAAUGGUAAAGAAGCAUGCAUCAGUAGGAACAUGAAUCACGAAGAAUACUUGGAAAACAGUAGGUGGGCAUGGUUGAUUGUAUGCGAUAAAGUGAAAAGGAGAAUCUCCCAAAGAUGGCUAUGGAAAAAUAAAUUCUGGAUGGUUUUUGAGAUUUGCCUUGAAA